AGAAAAGUCUUUUAUUGGGAAAAAAUAUGUAAAAGAAAAAUAAGCAUCAUACUUCAUAAAAUCAUCAUAUUUCAUAAAUUAAGUGAUGUUUACAAAACAGAAGUUACCCAACAACAUUUAUACGAACUCGGUUACGUUUCCCUCGGUUUCACUAACAAGCCCCUUUGCUUCCGCGUCAAAAUUUUCAAAUCAUUACGGCUUCCGAUUUCAAAGUUAUUUUCUCGGAGUAUUUUAUGUAAACAUUCAGUUUAUAAAUACGGACCAAACACAUAUUUGGUAAUCGUGAUAUUCCAGUGAACGCGGAAAUGAGAAACCAGCUGCCCGUGGAGAAAAAAACGAAAGCAAGAGAAAGGUGCAGGGGAUUCAUUGCAAAUGAAGCAAUCGCUACAUAUAUAUUUAAAUGUAUUUAAUUGUAUGCAUUAUUCAAAUGCCCUUCUGACUAGUUUAAUAAUUUAGAAUCGAUAGUUUUCCUAAAAACUUUAUAAAAUAUUUACACUUAAUAAAAUAUUAAUCGAUUAACAAGCCAGUUGUACUCUUAUAGGAGCUUUACUAAAGUCCUGUAAUCGCGCUGUCGCCACACGUCUCCGCUGUUAAGGAAAGGAUCACUGACAAAAUGUAAAUGAAGAUCUUCAGACGGUGGUGUUUAUAAAAUACCUCAUUAAUGGGCUUGGAUUGAGUCUCUCCAUCCAUCCACAUCAUCAGAUAUAAUAAUAGUAACGAAUCAGACAGGGAAGAUCCUGGCUAAACCAUUGGCAUUUUUUUUUCCAGAAGUACUGAAGUCCUAAAUCACCAAUUCUUCUAACUUUCUGGCCAUUGAUCCGCGGGCAUUCGUAGUUCAACAUCAAAGGUCCGUGCUCCUUCUACUGCGACCUGCCAGCGGGAGCAGCGUCCCCGAGCAUGGAGCGGAGGAGCGAGAGCCCCUGUCUGCGGGACAGCCCCGACAGAGGCAGCGGCAGCCCCGAUGUCAAAGGGCCCCCCCCCGGGAAGGUGGCCAGGCUGGAGCAGAACGGCAGCCCCAUGGGCACCCGCGGGAGGCCCAACGGCGCCGUCACCAAGCCCGUGGGAGGUUUGAUGAUUCCAGUCUUUUGUGUGGUGGAGCAGUCAGACGCCUCUCUUGAAUACGAUAAUCGAGAAGAGCAUGCUGAGUUCGUUCUGGUUCGCAAAGAUGUGCUCUUUAGCCAGCUGGUGGAGACAGCGCUCCUGGCUCUGGGGUAUUCCCACAGUUCUGCAGCUCAGGCACAAGGAAUAAUCAAGCUUGGGAGGUGGAAUCCCCUCCCUCUCAGUUAUGUGACUGAUGCACCAGAUGCGACAGUAGCCGACAUGCUACAAGAUGUCUAUCAUGUUGUGACAUUGAAAAUCCAAUUACAAAGUUGUUCAAAGUUGGAAGAUUUGCCAGCAGAGCAGUGGAACCAUGCCACAGUUCGCAAUGCCUUAAAGGAACUGCUCAAAGAGAUGAAUCAGAGCACAUUAGCCAAAGAAUGCCCUCUCUCACAGAGUAUGAUUUCAUCCAUUGUAAAUAGUACAUACUAUGCCAAUGUGUCAGCAACCAAGUGCCAGGAGUUUGGGAGAUGGUACAAAAAGUACAAGAAGAUUAAAGUGGAAAGAGUGGAAAGAGAAAACCUUUCAGACUAUUGUGUUCUUGGUCAACGUCCCAUGCACUUACCAAAUAUCAACCAGCUGGCAACUUUGGGAAAAUCUAAUGAACAGUCUCCUCAUGGCCAAAUUCACCACAGUACUCCAAUCAGAAACCAAGUGCCAACGAUGCAAACCAUGAUAAACCCUGGGCUCCUGUCUCCUCAGCUCAGUCCACAACUGGUGAGGCAGCAGAUAGCCAUGGCCCAUCUGAUAAACCAGCAGAUUGCUGUCAGCCGACUGUUGGCUCACCAGCACCCACAAGCUAUCAACCAGCAGUUCUUGAAUCAUCCGCCCAUCCCUAGAGCUGUCAAACCAGAGCCAUCAAAUUCAUCGGUGGAAGUCUCUCCAGAUAUUUACCAGCAAGUCAGAGAUGAGCUGAAGAGAGCCAGUGUGUCUCAAGCUGUCUUUGCAAGAGUAGCAUUCAACCGCACACAGGGUUUGUUGUCAGAGAUCCUGCGUAAAGAAGAAGACCCUAGGACAGCUUCCCAGUCCCUCCUGGUGAACUUACGGGCAAUGCAGAAUUUCCUCAACCUGCCUGACGCGGAGCGGGACCGUAUCUAUCAGGAUGAGAGAGAGAGGAGUAUGAACCCAAACGUGAGCAUGGUGUCUUCAGCUGCCAGCAGCCCAAGCUCCUCCAGAACACCCCAGGCCAAAACCUCGACACCAACAACAGACCUCCCCAUUAAGGCGGACAGCGCCAACGUCAACAUCACAGCUGCCAUUUAUGAUGAGAUCCAACAGGAGAUGAAAAGGGCCAAGGUAUCUCAAGCUCUGUUUGCCAAAGUGGCUGCCAAUAAAAGUCAGGGCUGGCUGUGUGAACUGCUGCGCUGGAAAGAAAACCCAAGCCCAGAAAACCGCACCCUCUGGGAGAACCUCUGCACCAUUCGCCGCUUCCUGAACCUUCCCCAGCACGAGAGGGAUGUGAUCUAUGAGGAGGAGUCCAGACACCACCACAGCGAGCGAAUGCAGCACGUGGUGCAGCUCACGCCCGAGCCCGUGCAGGUGCUGCACAGACAGCAGUCCCAGCCUGCCAAGGAGAAUUCCCCACCUAGAGAAGAGGCUCCUCCUCCACCUGCUGAGGACAGUUGUGCCAAAAAGCCAAGAUCCCGUACCAAGAUCUCCUUGGAAGCUCUAGGUAUCCUUCAAAGCUUUAUUCACGACGUGGGUCUCUAUCCCGAUCAGGAAGCCAUCCACACCCUCUCUGCUCAGCUGGAUCUCCCCAAGCACACCAUCAUCAAAUUCUUCCAGAACCAGCGUUACCACGUAAAGCACCACGGGAAGCUAAAAGAGCACCUGGGAACGGUGGUUGACGUGGCAGAGUACAAGGAUGAGGAGCUGCUGACGGAGUCGGAGGAGAACGACAGUGAGGAAGGCUCUGAGGAAAUGUACAAAGUGGAGGCUGAGGAGGAGAAUCCCGACAAAAGCAAGGCGGCUCCAGCAGACAUCGACCAGAGAUAA